UGCGUUUAUAUUUUUGUUCAGUAUAUAUUUGACUCUGUUAUACGGUCCUCAAUGGCUACAAUGUGGUAUUAUACGGAAGUCGUAACGAGCAACGCGUGACUGACAUGCCCAGUUGCCAAUUGUAUCCCGUUUAUGUGGAGUUCAGCCAAUCAGCUUAAACGGGCGGGAAGUUUCCUCAUCCCAUCAGCGUUAGUAAAGGAGAAGCAUUAUUCACUUGCGUGUACAUGUUCAAAGGAGUAUAGACCGCAACCAUGUCGUGUCCAGGGAAUGAAGACACUAAAGGGAGCGUUGAAAAAGACAGCAAAACAGCACCGAGGACAGGUCCUAGUGAGAACCUUACAGAAACAGAUGGGUAUUUCUCCAGCAGUUCUUUCUCUAUGGACCCUGCGGAGGAGUAUAAGAUGGACCACAAGCGGCGAGGCAUGGCUCUCAUUUUCAACCAGGAGCGCUUCUUCUGGCGUCUGGGGAUGCCUGACCGCAACGGGACCAAUGCUGACCGCUACAACCUGGUCAAAAGAUUUCAGGACUUGAACUUUGAAGUGCAGGCCUAUGAUAAUCUGAAGGUGGAGGAAGUUCUGGAUAAAAUCAGUGAGGCUGCUGAGGACAACCAUGCAGAUGCAGACUGCUUCGUGUGCGUCUUUCUGAGCCACGGAGAAAGCAACUAUGUCUAUGCUUACGACAACAAGAUCUCCAUCCAGGACAUCACUGCCCUGUUCAAAGGAGACAAGUGUAAGAGCCUGGUGGGCAAGCCUAAGAUCUUCAUACUGCAGGCGUGCCGUGGGGAGAAACAUGACGAACCAGUGACCCCCAUGGACGUGGUGGACAGCGAAGUAAAGACCAACGAGGUGGUGGUGGACGCUGGGGUGGUCUACACCCUCCCUGCUGGCGCUGACUUCAUCAUGUGCUACUCUGUGGCUGAAGGUUACUAUUCCCACCGCGAGACGAUCAAUGGCUCCUGGUACAUCCAGGACCUGUGUGGGGCCGUCUGCAAGUUCGGGGAUUCCCUGGAGUUCACGGAGCUCCUGACCCUGGUCAACAGGAAGGUGUCCAUGAGGAGCGUCGGGAAUUGUAACGACCGGACCGCCAUCGGGAAGAAACAGGUCCCCUGCUUCGCUUCCAUGCUCACCAAGAAGCUCUACUUCCGACCCAAGAAGCAGUAAGGGUUCCAUCCACUGGGCAGCUACUACGUCAUUCCUGAAUCUUGCUGUAGUUGUUUUUAAUGUUUUUUGGGAGAACGGUGGUACUGAAUCUUGCUGGAAUCUUGCUGUCGUUUUUGGGAGAAGGGUGUCCUUGACUAUAAUGUCUGGUUGUUCUUUUUGUUAAACUUUUGUCUAGAUUAUUUAGAUUUUUGUCUUGAGGAUCAUGAAAUGCACAAAUCAAGCUGUGCAUUUUCCCUUUAUUCUAAUCUUCUUCCCUAUGAAACCAAAUAGAGGUCCUGUCAUAUGCUGACGAUUGUGUUUGCAGUGCUAUUUUAACACACAUUCUGUGGUGGCAAACCUGACCCUAAAACAAAGCACGUACUAUACUGGUGAAACCUGCUUGGCUGAUCGGCUUCAGGCUUUCCCUGUUGGUGCCGACUGAGGUCAUGGAAUGUACCUGCAGGGCAGGUAAAAGAGUUGAGCAUUAACAUUUAAAAUGACUUUAUUCUCUGUCUGUCGAUAGCUAUUUGUUGAGAGGGGAUUCUCAGUAAAUGAUUUUGCAACACCAGUGCCUUUAGGCCUUUCUCUUGAGAGAAUACUGCUAAUUCUUAUCAUUGAGUAAUGGUUCCCUGGGCUUGAUUUGUUUACCUCAACUAUCUGUGUCAAAUAUACAAAGACAUUUGCAAAUUGUUUGAAGGAGGCAGUGGCUCUGGGGUUAAAUCCCUAUUUUGCAUCCAAGAGGUUGUGGGUUUGAUUCUCAUCUCUUGUGCAAGUUUCUGCAACUGUCGUUGUCCAACAUGGGAAGAAAAGUGCUGAUUGUGUUAAGGAGCGGGUGGCUCUGGGGUUGAAUGCCUUCCUUGCAACCAAGAGGAUGUGGGUUCCUACCAUAUAAAUACUUCUGCCCUACUAAUCACUUCCUCAGUCCCAGAGCCAUGUGAUACCUUUGGCAGUGUUGCACAAGUUGAUGAUGGUUCUAACCUCAUAACUUGAUGGUUUCCAAAACUGUCGAUGUCAAAUAUAUGAAGAGAUAUAUCCUUGGCAUGAAGAAGGCAGUGGCUCUGGGGUUGAAUCCCUGUCUUGCAGCCGACAGGUUGUGGGUUCGAUUCUCAUCUCGUGCUUUCGAAAAAAUUACUAAGAGAAGGGUUAAUAUUGUGAAGGAGUCUGUGGAUCUCACCCAAAAAGCACAGGGUUGUAGGUUUGAACCUACUGCAUGACUCUGAAGCAUGGUUGUGUGGACAACAGGGACUCUGCUGCAGAGCGAGUCAAGGCCACUAGGAGUGGCUGCCACAUCAAGAUGGCAGGAGAAUGGUGGCGUUGGUACAAAGUGUGCAUUAAGCUGGGGCUGUUAAUCCUGGGGUCCCCUGCCAUGGUUCCUCAGCAGUGGUUUUGGGGAAAAUCCCUGGAAAAAGUAGACUGUCCUCUCUUGAAAUACAAAUCUUUCUUGAGGGAUUUUUCCCCAGAACCACUGCUGGUAACAGGAAUGGGAACCCCAGGUAUUAACCCCCAUCAGUCCUCCAACCACUACAGUGUCAACGGAACCACACUUAAGUGACUGGGAUCAAACCCACAAUCUCACGGGCACAAGCCUUACAAUCUGUGCCACCGAUUGCUUCACACUUUAAACACAUCUCUUCGUAUGUUUGACAUCGACAUUGGGGAAACGUACACUCAAAUCACAAGAGAUGAGGAUUGAACCCACAACCUCUUGGUUGCAAGGCUGGGAUUUAACCCCAAAUCCUUCACACUUGAAGCGCUUCUCUUUGUAUGUUUGACAUCAACAGUUACAGAGACUGUCAAUCAAGCACAAGAGAUAUGGAUUGAACCCACAACCUCCAACUUCAAGGCAGGGACCAAACCCCUUAUCCACUGCCCCCCAUCUGGUCCUCUGUAGUCGACAGGAUGAACGUUAGACUUCCACAGCUGCGGGUCCUCCAUUGCCGAUGCAGUCUCCUGCUCCUGUCCUUAAUGUUUCAUUCCAUUUGGGAAAAAACUGGUGAAAACUUUGCAAAAGAUGAGUGAAUCUGGGCCUAAAGCUAACGAUGACGUGCCUCAUAAUAUGUUGCCUCUCCACUUAGACCUCUGAGUUUGCUCUGUCAAAAAGGGAAUUUGUGUUGUUUCUAUUUAUGUACUUUGAUGUGCUUAGCCUUUACAACUCAAAUUUAGCUUUGCAUGUUUUUAAAGUGGCACGCUAAAUGUGAACAAACAACUCCAGUAUGGAAAGUGGUAGCUCAAUUGGUAGUGCAUGGCGCUUGUAACGCCAGGGUAGUGGGUUCAAUCCCCGGGACCACCCAUACCUAA